AUGAGUGUAUUUUCCAUUGUGGAUGUCUAUUAUGAGGAGGACCAGGAAGUGCUGAUUGAAGAGAAAUUUGUUGUUGAGACAUUUGUGGAAGCCCUUAUCUCUGUUCUUAAGAGAUAUAAGAGGGCUAUUGGUUGGACAAUUGCAGACAUCAUCAGCAUCCCUCCUGGUGUAUACACCCAUAAAAUCCAGCUGGAGGAGGAUUAUGUCUCGACUACUGAGCAUCAGCGUUGCCUAAACCCACCUAUGCAAGAGGUGGUGAAGAAGGAGAUCAUCAAGUGGAUAGAUACAGUAGUGGUUUAUCCUAUAUCCGACAGUAAGUGGCUGAGUGGCACCUGGAGCUAUUCUCGGACAAAAGAAAGAGAAUUUGUUCUAUCCGAUAUAUUAUGCAAGCAAGGCCCUAAAUCAGGCUCAGAAGAAUAUAUGGUGAUAGAGCAGGAACUUCUAGAAGUGGUGUAUCCUUUUGAGAAAUUUCGGGCAUAUUUGCUAGGUACCAAGGAAUUUGACUUUGAGGUCAAGGAUCAUAAGGGAUGUGAGAAUCAGGUGGCUGAUCACUUAUCCAGACUCAAAGGUGAGCAGGCAGUAAAAGACGAGCUUGAGAUUGAUGAUUCCUUUCCUGAUAAGAAAGCAUUAGAUGCAGUGCUUGAAAAAGUACCUUGGUAUGCUGAAUUUGCAAAUUUUGUGGUAAUUGGAGGCCACCAUACUGGUGAUCGGACUGCAAGGAAAGUGCUUCAGAGUGGCUACUAUUGGCCUGCCUUGUUCAAGGAUGCUUACGAGUUCAUAAAGAUAUGUUACCAAUGUCAAAGGCAAGGGUCAAUCUCAAAAUUCCAUGAUAUUCCAAUAUCCAAGAUGUUGGACGUAGAGUUGUUUGAUGUCUGGGGAAUUGACUUUAUGGGACCCUUCAUGAUCUCAUUUGGGAUGAAAUACAUAUUGGUCUCCAUUGACUAUGUGUCAAAAUGGAUUGAGGCAGUGGCUCUAGCAGAUAAUGAAGGGAGGCGAGUCAUUGCAUUCUUGAGAAGAAGUAUCUUCUAUCUCUUUGGAGUACCACGUACCAUCAUAAGCGAUGGAGGAUCAUACUUUUGCAACAAGAUAUUCCGAGCCGCAUUGGCAAAAUAUGGAGUUAAGCAGCAUAAAGCGGCUAUGCCAUACCACCCAAAAAUAAGUGGGUAG